GCGGUGUUCAAACAUCCUGACGUAACAACAUGGCCACCCACACGUKCCUUGUUGACUGAGAGUUAGCUUGCUAAAUGAUGUUAAAUAAGACAGAUGGCAUAAAAUGAUUCGAUCGGGUUUUUAUCAAUCCCAGAUCACAAAUAUGUAUUGUACACACAAAGCGUUUAAAAAACUAGUUCAGUAGCUAACGAUAUUUAACGUGUAACGUUAGAUGGGUAACCAACCCUCGAGCUAGCUAUGCUAGCUUGAGAACAAACAUAAACAUUCCUGUAAGGCUAGCUAGCUACGAAAUUUAAAGAUUAAUUUAUUUUGGGAAGAUGUUGGGUUUUCUAACAGCAAGACAGGCUGGACUUGACGACCCACUUCGUCUGAGACGGGCAGAGUCAACACGGAGGGUCCUCAAUUUAGAGCUGAAUCAUGACAGAGAUGUGGAUCGAAUCCAUAGCAACGGCAUAAACACCAUAGACAUUGAAGUCAUUGAGGGCAGAUACAUGCUAUCUGGAGGGGCAGAUGGGGUGAUUGUGGUGUAUGACCUGGAGAACAACAGCAGGAAACCCCAAUACACCUGUAAAGCAGUCUGCACUGUAGGCAGGUCCAGUCAGUAUGUCCACAGGUUCAGUGUAGAGACAGUGCAGUGGUACCACACACGACACAGGCAUGUUGUCUCCAGCUCCUUUGACAAAACCAUGAAGGUCUGGGACACUGAGACACUAAAGCCCGCUGAAGUGUUCCAGUUUGAAGGAAACGUCUACUGUCACCACAUGUCCCCCAUUGCCAGGAAACACAGCCUCAUCGCAGUUGGUACCAAAGACCAGAAAGUACAGCUCUGUGACCUGAAGUCUGGCUCACGCAUCCAGGUUUUGCAGGGUCACAGAGGUGAGGUCCUAUCUGUUCGGUGGUCGCCAAGAUAUGAGCACAUUUUAGCUACAGCCAGUACUGACAGCAGGGUGUUGGUGUGGGAUGUGCGUCGGGCCUCAGGGAGCCUGUUCUCUCUGGACCAACACAACGGGGACAAGUCCAAGGCCUCAUCAGAGGCAGUGAACACAGCCCAUAAUGGAAGGGUAAAUGGCCUCUGCUUCACGGUCGACGGCCUCUACCUUCUCACCACGGGAACAGACGACCGCAUGAGGCUGUGGAACAGUGCCAAUGGAAAAAACACACUGGUGAAUUAUGGGAAGGUGAGUAACGAAAGCCGUAAGGGGUUAAAGAUCACGGUGUCUCGUAGCUGCAGCCCGGAGUUUGUGUUUGUACCUUGUGGCAGCUCGGUGGCGGUGUACACUCUACACACCGGGGAACUUGUAACCAUGCUGAGGGGACACUACAACAACGUGGACUGCUGCCAGUUCCACCCCGACUACCAGGAGCUAUACAGCGGGGGUAAAGACUGUAACAUCCUAGCCUGGGUUCCUGUUGUACGACCACCAGACGUGGAAGAAGAAGGGACAGCCGCCAAGGGUGGGAGCCAGGCUACGGUGAAUCCUGCUUUUGAAGACGCAUGGAGCAGUGAUGAGGACUGAUGCAUAAACACAACUGUACAGCCCUACUCCAUCGGACAUAGCUUUAGGAAACUCAUCAUGGUGCUAGCUUCAGGAAUCUCAACAUUUAAAAAAACUACAAAUGCAGUUUAACAACUACUAUGGAGUUGGAGAAUGAACCUUAACAGACUUUGAAUCUCUGUUGUGAUAUCUGAUUUAUCUUUUAUUUUAUAUACAAAAUGGAAAUCUACACUGAGUGUACGAAACAUUAGGAACACCUUCCUAAUAUUCAGUUGCAUCCCCUUUUGCCCUCAGAUCAG